CACUGCAAUGGCUUUUUGACAUCAUCCCGACUUCCAGACACUCCAGACAUUCCAGACAUUUUCAUCUCAUCAACACUUCCACUUUUACUUGUUGAGGGCUUGCUCGGACCUUUGGUUUUAGUGACACUUUUGGACUUUUUCUUUUCUUUAUCCUUCUUCUUUUUUCGUCCAUGUUUUGGACGGUGUUUUCCCUUUUUAGGCUUGGUCUGAUAGAUUUUCAAAACGACUAGUACUAGAGCUACCAAUAUCACUAGAUAAAGCAUAACAAAACUUGGCGAUAGCAUAGAAUAG